AUGCCCCAUCCAACAACCCGCAAAGAAGUCCUUGACAGACUUCGCAAGACUAUUGCUGAUGGCUCCAUUGUGGUUGGAGCAGGAGCUGGCAUUGGCCUCUCCGCCAAAUUCAUUGAGAAAGGAGGCGCGGACCUCAUUCUCAUCUACAACUCUGGUCGAUUCCGCAUGGCCGGACGAGGUUCGUUGGCAGGCUUAAUGCCGUAUUCGGAUGCCAAUCAGGUUGUGGUUGAGAUGGCAAGCGAAGUCCUCCCUAUCGUCGAAAACACCCCCGUCCUCGCCGGCGUCUGCGGCACCGACCCCUUCCGCACAAUGCCCGAAUUCCUCACGCAGCUGAAAAACAUCGGCUUCGUCGGCGUCCAGAACUUCCCCACCGUCGGCCUUAUGGACGGCAACUUCCGCGCAAACCUUGAAGAAACCGGAAUGGGCUACGACAAGGAAGUCGAGAUGAUCCGUGUCGCCCAUGAACUCGACCUUGUCACUACACCCUACGUCUUCAACAUCGAUGAGGGGGAGCGUAUGGCCCGCGCCGGCGCUGACGUCAUUGUUGUACACCUUGGCUUAACGACGAGCGGGACAAUUGGCGCGCAGACGGCUGUGACGCUAGAUGAUAGUGUGCGGAUAGUGCAGGAAGUUAGGGAUGCAGUUGUUAAGGUCAAUCCGGAAGUUAUUGUGUUGUGUCAUGGGGGGCCUGUUGCGGAGCCGGGAGAUGCAGAGUAUGUGCUUAAGAGAACGAAGGGGGUGCAUGGGUUUUUUGGGGCGAGUAGUAUGGAGAGAUUGCCGGUGGAGAAGGCGAUUUUGGAGAAUGCGAAGGCGUUCAAGAAUUUGAAGGUUUAA